AUGAAACAGCAGCACUGGUUUGGGAUGACUGCCAAGAUGGGCACCGUGUUAUCGGGGGUCUUUACCAUCGUGGCCACCGACAUGUACCUCAUCUUCGAACAGAAGUACAUAAAGAGCGAAGAUUGCAUUGAACAUCAGGCACAUACCAACAGUGCAGCCUUCCUGGUAGAGCACUUCCUUAUCUGCUGGACCUCCAAUGUUGUCUUCGUUCUGUCUUUUAUGACCAUCAUCAUCAGCUGCGUCCUCCUAUACUCGGUCUAUGCCCAAAUAUACCGGGGCGUAGUGUUCUAUAUUAUCUGGAUCAUUUUCUAUGAAAUCGUAAACAUUGUAGUUCAAAUCUUUACCAACAAUGUCUCUGUCAUUGAAGAGGUCAGGGUCGUGCGCUGGUUUGGCUUGCUGUCCCGUAUAUUCAUGCACUGUUUCUGGAUAUUCUAUGUCAUCUCCUAUGCCCACAUUAUCUAUAAAGGUCGAAGCCAGGGCAAUAUAAUCUCCUACAACAGACGUAUUUCUUCAGGCAAUGGAGAGUUCCUACGACGGAAAUCAAAGAUCAUCAACUUUACGGGCCACUAUAGUGGGUAA